AUGAGACUCCAAGCUUCCAUUCUCCUAUGCGCGCUAGCAUCCUCCGCCAGCGCAUAUCUCGUCGAGCCCCCAACGCCUGCGGCAGCAGACACUGUCCCGAAUUGCAGCGCAUGGCAGAUAGCUGAACCCGGGAUGACAUCUUGCAACAAUAUUGCCAGCGCACAUGGCUUGCCCAUCUACCAGGUCGGCCCAUGGAACCCGUCGUGUAAGAACUCGGACGCCUUUGUUGUUGGAAACUCUUAUUGCAUCGAGGUCAACGGCAAGGAAUGUUACGAAAUCGGCGAGGGUGCCUGUCAAGGAGACAAUUAG